AUGUCUGCUAUCAAAGAAGUCCAGUUGUCACGCCCAACGGUCACCAGACGUAUCGAAAUCAUGUGCAAAAAUUUGGAAAUCCAAGUGAAAAGUGAUAUUUUGAAGUGUGUAUACUUUUCUUUGCAAUUUGACGAGUCAACCGAUAUGACUGAUACCGCCCAGUUGUGUAUUUUCAUUCGAGUGGUAUUUUCUGAUAUGUCAUGUAAAGAAGAUUUGUUAACAAUGCUGCCUCUGAAAGAGAAAACUCGCGGAGAAGAUAUAUACAACGUUUUUAUAAAUUUUGUGGAGCAAUACGAGUUACCGAUUUACAAACUAGUGUGUAUUAUUAUAACAGAUGGUGCACCAUCCAUGACAGGCGUUAACAAUGGAUUUGUUGCAUUAUGUCGAGCUAACGAGGACUUUCCAUCGUUUUUUUCACUUCAUUGCAUUAUUCACCAGCAAGUUUUGUGUUCCAAAAUUUUAAAUAUGGACGACAUUAUGAAGAUUACAACAAAAAUUGUGAAUUCAAUAAGAGCGCGAAGCUUGCAACGACGUCUUUUUAAAGCGCAAUUGGAAGCUAGCGACUCUGCGGAACACACUGAUUUACUUCUGCAUACAGAUGUGAGGUGGUUGAGCCGUGGAAAAUUUUUAGAUAGGUUCCAGGAGUUACUUCCCGAAAUAAUUUCUUUUCUAGAGGAACUAGGGGACGACACUCAUCUACUUCAGAACGAAAAAUGGCUCAGUGACGUAGCUUUCUUAUCAGAUUUAACAAAUCAUUUGAACGUCCUUAAUUUGGAACUACAAGGUAAAAAUAAAACAAAAGUAUCGAUAUGA